UUAUGGUGAGUGCUGUGACGUCAGUGGUGCGCUGCUUUUGGAGGGCUCGUGAGAGGAAGCUGAGCUACACUGCACAUAUAACGGGCCGGGCGCGCGCACCAAAGAGCAACUCAUCUCAUCUCCGCUGUUCAGAUACACAAUAUUUGAUCAUAACAAGAUGCCCCUGGGUGAAGAUGGACACUCAUGGAAGAAAAAGAUGUCUGACAUCAAGGAGAACUACGACUUCAAGGAGGUGUUGGGGACGGGUGCGUUCUCUGAGGUCGUCCUAGCCGAGGAAAAGCGGACGAGGAGGCUGGUGGCGAUAAAGUGUAUUCCGAAGAAAGCACUGGAAGGGAAAGAGAACAGCAUUGAGAAUGAAAUUGCCGUUCUUCACAAGAUUAAACACGCCAACAUUGUUUCUCUGGAGGACAUCUAUGAGAACAAAUCGCACCUCUACCUCAUCAUGCAGCUGGUGUCUGGCGGCGAGCUAUUUGACAGGAUUGUAGAAAAGGGUUUUUACACCGAGAAAGACGCCAGCAAGCUCAUCCAGCAGAUCCUGGAUGCCGUGAAGUAUCUGCACGACAUGGGCAUAGUGCACCGAGACCUGAAGCCAGAGAACCUGCUAUAUUACAGCAUGGACGAGGAUUCGAAGAUCAUGAUCAGUGAUUUUGGCUUGUCAAAGAUCGAGGGCUCGGGUAGCGUGAUGAGCACGGCCUGUGGCACUCCUGGAUACGUAGCUCCGGAGGUUUUGGCCCAGAAGCCGUACAGUAAAGCAGUGGACUGCUGGUCCAUCGGUGUCAUCGCGUACAUACUUUUGUGUGGCUAUCCACCAUUUUACGACGAGAACGAUGCCAAGCUGUUUGAGCAGAUCCUGAAGGCCGACUACGAGUUUGACUCGCCGUACUGGGACGACAUCUCCGAUUCAGCUAAGGACUUCAUCAUACAUCUGAUGGAGAGAGACCCGAACCUGCGCUACACGUGUGAACAAGCACUGCAGCAUCCGUGGAUUGCCGGUGAUACGGCACUGGACAAGAACAUCCACGAGUCUGUGAGCGCUCAGAUCAAGAAGAACUUCGCCAAGAGCAAGUGGAAGCAAGCGUUUAAUGCCACAGCGGUGGUCCGGCACAUGCGUCGCCUUCAGCUGGGCACCAGUCAAGAGGGACAGAGCCAGGUGUCACCCCACAGCCCCUGCAGCGAGCAUCUCCUUCUGCCCGAGGGAACUGAAGAGGAAGAGGACGAGCAAAGCGCCUCUCAGACGGGCAAUAACGGCUGCUCCGAAGACGCUUGCGAGGGGGCGGGGCACGACGGCAUCCCGAACUGCGCCUUCCGCGUCCACCCGACCAGUCGGGUCUGAGCCCGUCAAUCAUCCUGCUGCAACCAAUGACUUGACUGUCCCGUGUUUCUACUGGAGUCCUGGCACACCCCCAGUCUGGCCAGGAAUACUGAGUAACUCCAGCGCUUGGCCACUAGGUGGCGCCGCAGUGUAAAGAAAUCCAGGUGGGAAAGGGGGUCGCUAUGCCAACAAAGGGAUUCUGUUUACAGAGAGGUGAGCUCUGCCAAAGGAAGGAGAGAGAGAGAAAGAGAGCCGCAUGCCGCAGCUGCAUUAUGGGUAAUGGACUGAGAUUGGACAGUGUUUUAUCUUCUGUUUUACAAAACUACAUUCAUCUUUCUGUCUUGGAAAAAAUGGCUUUAGGUGUGUUUUUAGUUGUAAAAUGGGUCCAAAUAUAUUUUGCCUCAGAUCUUUUCAGCCUGCACACUAAACACAGUUUCAUGUGCAAUCAGCACAUACGUAUAUACACACACAUACACACACACACACACAAACACUUUCUCCUAAUCAUUGUGCUUAACGUCCAUUGACGUAAUUAUUAAUGCAGCUAAUUAAUGCUGUGCUGCACCGAAAUCUAACCUGAACCUCAGCGUCAGUAACUAAAAGGUAACCUUUACAUGCUUUUAGUUCUUUUUCUUUAAAAACCAGCCAGAUGUCCCCACAAAAUCAAAAUGGUCAGACAUUUCUGUCCUUUUGGGGACAUUUGACCUCCACAAAUAUAUAUAAAAAAUUUUUUUUGUGGUUUUAUGAACCAAAGGUGAAGCUAAAAUUCCCACUAGGUAAUGAACACACAUGGAAACGUUAUUCUGGUACUGCACACACACACACACACACACACACACACACACACACACACACUGUCUGAUUAUUAUUCUGUACAAAUCAUUGUUACUUGUAUACAUUUUGUCCAUAUUUUACUGUAAUCAAUAACGUCAUAUAUUAUUGCGCUGCAACACACCAAGUCUGCGUCAUUGUUUCAUAGAAGAUUUCUUUUUCCACACAUCAGACACAGUCUUCAGUGCCUUCGUGGUUGCAGUUGUUUGGGUUAAUAAUGCUUCAUUGUCAUCUAUUCAUUGUUCUGAUCUGUCCGGGUGCAGGAUGCUUUAAACGUAUAUACCGUACUAUUUAGGCAAACACUGCAGCUGUUCCCUGUGUGUGUGUGUGUGUGUUUGUGUGUGUGGGGCACGCUUUUAUACAUCUAAUGUCUAAACCAUUCAUGUAAACGUUUUUAUAUAAAACUGUUUCUUUUACUGAAGGUUUUACUCAGGGGAUGAUGGUGUGUUAAGGAUUUGGGGUUUUAAGUAAAUGGUAGAGGAUUCAUCGUUUAACAGAUAAAUAUAAUAUAUUAGUGUGGUGGCCUGGGAAAACCUGUCGCUGUGGCCGAAACUAAAAAUGAAUUUCACCAAGUUAUCAUCCUGCAAAGAUCGUGUUGGGUAAAAAGUGAGAACAAAAAACAGUGGUGGCUCAGUGGUUAAAGGCUCUGGGUUAUUGAUGAGAAGGUCAGGCGUUCAAGCCCCAGCACUGAGAAGCUACCACUGUUGGUCCCUUGGGCAAGGUCCUUAACCCUCAACUGCUCAGUUGUAUAAAUGAGAUAAAUGUAAAUCACUCUGGAUAAGGGCGUCUGCCAAAAAUGCCAUAAAUAUAAUAGAAAUAUAAUAUCAAUAUAAAACAUUCAGUUUACCUACAGAUAAGUGCCAUUUCCUCCCACAGUGAAGGUCACGCUUUGAUCAAGUUGUUGGAUAAUUCACGUCAUAAUCCUAAUCCGUUUGGUUUGUAAUCAGCUGUUAAAAUGUCUGAUGCUCCUGCACCACAGUCAGCAUGCGAUCUUAAAACGUAAUUUUCUCUUUUUACAUUUUUUAUGGUAACCAGACUCUGCUAUAUCUUUACUCACUGAACAUAACGUCGAUAAAAGAAGACAGCAUUGUUGUAAUUUUAUAUCUCCACUGAACGGAGUCUUGUAUUUUAUCUUCAGUGAACGGAGGCGAGACCAAUCAGACAGGGUUUACAGGAAAAUACGUGGAAUACUCGUGUCUUAUUGGCUGACAUCUCUGCCAAAUGCUAGUGCUAGCUCACACAGUCAGUUAGUGUGAGGGGGAAAAUGGAUAUAUAUAUAUAUAUAUAUAUAUAUAUAUAUAUAUAUAUAUAUAUAUAUAUAUAUAUAUAUAUAUAUAUAUAUAUUUUUUUUACCAGUAGAAGGAUUGAAACUGAAGCACUAACAUCCUCUGACGCUGAGCAGGAAAUCAAGGUGUGUAAAUGUCUAUACGAGUUCCAGUUUACGUGAACAUGAUAUGAGCAGAGCGUAGGAACAGAUGAUGUACUUUACAUGGCACUGUAGAAGCUAAACCCAUACAGUGUCAGCUUAGUUGUCUCUCUCCUUGGCUAGCGACACCAAACUAGCCUGGUCUCGCGUUAGAUAGCCAGAAGGUUUUAUAUUUUACCCGUCUGGAAGUCCGACAAGCAGUGCAUAAAGUCCACCAGAGGCAAGUUUUAUGAGAAAUUGAUAAAUCUUUUGUCCAAUUUUCACAUUUUUUAAAGCAGUUAGCCUUUACAUGCAAGAAAAAAAGCAUGGAAACUGUAAAAAAUGUUGAUGGAGAAGAAUCUGGGCUCAGCCCUGGAUGAUUAACAGUCCAGCUAAUGCCCCUAGUUGUUACAAUGUCACACUUUCACAUUCACAGUUAGUCACAUUGUAUGAUUGCGCCAUUUAAUUAUUAUUUUUUUUUAAACCAAAAAUCCCCGAUCUAACUUUAUAUCAUACAAGAUGCUCCAUGCUGCAUGCUACCUUUCCUCCCAGCCACUCUCUCUUUCAGCUGAUAAAUACUGACAGUGAGACUUUAUGGAAAGUCAUUCUUAAAAAUAUAUAGAUAAUAUAUAUAUUCCAAUUAAUUUGUAUCACUUUUUGUGUUUAUUAAUACUGUGAAACCAUGAUAUGGUGAUUUGGACUAGAUUAUAAUACCGUAGAAUAAGUCCGUAACAUCCCUAAUGCAAAAGAGAAACAUAUUUCAAUUUCAGAACUAUAUAUAGUAGAAAAUAUGACAACGUCAUCAUGUGAAAGGUUGUCCCAGGCUGCCACGUAUAUUUAGACAGAGGAAAUAAUCUUUGCCCAUGACAUGGGGGUCUGUUGUAAUAUUUCUAACAUUGGUAUUGCACCACUGAACCUAUAUAUAGGAAAAAAAGAAAGGCAUUAAAGAAAUUGUUGUCGUA